AGAAGCACCAGUUAAGAUAAACAAAACGUGAUGACUCCACUCAAGCUGUCUAAUAACGGAUGAUUCACAAGGGUACUUUCCUGUUCUGUUUGCCUGCUUUCAUACUGUGGUUUCCUGUGAGUGCAGAUGGACCAGAACAUCACUCUUGCAAUGCAGCAAUAUCUACUAUAGCUUCUAUAUCAUCAAACGUGCUGUUCUGAGCAUGUAUAAGUUCGUUCUCAAAAUUAAUUCGGUAUCCAGAAAACUGAUCUUCAGUUAUUGCAUCUUUUCAGUAUUAGUAAUACUGGUGACAAUAUGUCUGAACUUUUUUUUGACAUAUGAGGUCAGAGUUUUAAAAGGUGAUCUGGAAAAACUGAAAGGGGGAUUUCUCUCUCACCAGCAAACAUCACAAGAUUUCACCAACGGACAGUUCAUACUAAAUAUUUGGGAGAAGAUCAGGUUAAUGACCUCUAAAACAUCCUAUCACAUGGAAACUCAAAAGCGCCAUCCACAUGCAAUAAACUCUUCCGCCAUUAGAAUAAAGAGAGAACAGACUGACAUUGCGACUCAGCAGUCAUUUCUGCAGCUCAUUGCCACAGCCAAUGACAACCCAGUUCUGAGAGACUCAGACAAUGUCACUACCAUUCCCUGGACUGUUGCCAUUCAGCAUGGAGAAGCUUUAUUAAUAGCUGACAACAAAAUCAUUGUUAAACAAGACAGCUAUUAUAUGGUGUUUGGCCAGGUUCUGUUCCACAACCCUGGCAUUGUUAUGGGACAUUUAAUCCGGAGACGGAAAUCUAGCGUGUCCGGAAUGGAGCACAGGUUCACUGAUCUGCUCCGUUGUCUGCAAGAAAUGCCCCAAAACAACUGUGCAAAUACAUGCUACACUGCUGGAAUUGUGAAGCUGGAGCGGGAAGAUGAGCUAGAGCUGGUGAUUCCUGAUCGGCCUCAGGCUCAAAUUUCCAUGGAUGCAGACUCUACUUUCUUUGGCAUCCUGCAGCUGCAAUGAAGAGACAGCAAAGCACAGGUGCACUUGCUCCCUGGAGUAGUUUCCACAACUUACUGUGAUAAUUCGCUCACUGCAUAUACCAUACAUUAACAUAUGGAUGAGUUUCUGACUUUCUGACUGUACGGGGAAAACUGAAAGUGGGAAAAUAAGUAAAAAUUAUUUCUGCGUCUCUCCAUGAAGUGAGUAUUCUAGGAAACACCCACUGAAAAUUAAUUUCAGCAAUGCAAGGUGUUUUUCUUGCCUUUCAAAAUGUAGUCAACGCCUAUUUCUGUGCAUUACCCCCACUCCCCCCCUAAAAAAAAUCCCCAAUUAAUUUUGUCUCAAGAAUUGUCCCAACUUCUUCAUCCUGGAACUUGUGAGGGGCAUGUAGAGUGGAGAAGAAUUCAGAGUAUGAUUAACCAUGGAAUGUUGGCGUGAUAAUCAAGAUAAGGAUGACUGAGAUAAGGUUUUCAAUAAAUAAUAAAGAUUAAGAUUCUCUUGAUCUCCGGGGGAAAUUCUGGAUAAUAUUCAGAUUAUUUUUUAUGUAUUGUGGUUAGUAGACUAAAAGGAAGGACAGAUUACUUGUAAAAAUUGAAAAUGUUGCAGUUUGAGAUAAAUGUUUGAGGAUGUGGUCUACUAAAAUGUGUAUUUUACUACACUUUACUACAAUGAUUUGUUUGUUUUAUGUGACAUAUAUAGAGAUGUACAUAAUAUUCAAAUGUAAUAAUAAUAAAAAAAACAUAAGCAAAACUUUGAAAUUUAGAAACCUCACUUUUUAUAAAGGUGGUACAUAUUAAUUUCAAUAAUGUCAUGAUGAUUAAGAGAUCAUUGUUUGACAACGACUUCACUUCUACUGAAACUACCAGUAUUUCUCCAUUAACAAAUUUCAGGCAUGUAUACCUACAGUACAGUAUAGUACUAAAGUUCGAUGCGUGGCCCGGGGAAACCUGGCAUUUCCCUGGAGCAUCAGACCACUAGGGGUGCACUGGGAGUGUUGCAAUAGUACUGCAUAGUAAUCGCCUUGGGCUGCCAUAUUGGUGAAACUAUAUUCGGUACACUGCAUGCGGUGAUGUGCGGAAAUGACAUGUAAAAUGUUAUAUAAAGGCCAAAUAAAUAAAAGGUAAUAAAAGCGAACCAUAUGAAGAGAAAUCGGAUAUUAUUGGAUGUGAACUAUAUGCAGCAAGACAGCAAAAUGGUUGUGAGCUGCCCACUGUCCGUUAUGAGAGUAUCGUUAAUUAUUGCUACCAAACCACAACUUCCAUGUCGAAGGCGGAAAAAGAAAGCACAGACCAUGCACACUGCAUUGUGCACGAUACGGGAAACUAUGCACCAACAUGGCGCACGAUGGCGUGUGGAUGUUACAUUGUGAUGUCAAUGUAACCUGCAACCCUCAUGCUGCGAGCGCUUCAUCAGCACCUACAGGCCCUGCAUAUCCUAGUAGUAGUGUCAUGAGUAAUAGUGGCGAUGAAAUGGUAUUAGUAAGUAGAAUAAGGUUGUGCAGUUCUAGAUUAGAUUAGCGCCAGCCAUUAUAGUAAUUGUGAUUUUUUUCCCCAGUAGUGUUAUUAUAAAUAGCAGGUCUGUUAGAGUUUUAGCAAAUAUAGCAUAGAUUAUGUCCAGUUUCUAAUGAAUGCAACUCCUUCAAAAUAGUGAUUAUGAUAUAUUUUUCCUGCAGUACCAUUUUAUCAUAAACCAUGUGUGGAAUUAGUGAAUUAUGAAUAUGAACAACU